UUGAAAGCAUUGCUUGGGUAUUGAUCUAGAACUAGUACUUUCGGCAAAAGCUCUACUUCUACGCUAGUCCUGAGCUAGUCAGAUUUUCGGCAGGGCAUUCACAGAUACCAAUACAUUCAAAACAUGCGCAUACGCAGAACAUACAUUCCCAACGGAAUUGAAAGUGAGCAGCUCCCCUAAGGAGCAAGUAGGAAGCAGUACAAAUGCGAAGUAAAAAAUAAAUGUUUAAAUUUCUUACAAUGCUCAGAAAAGAAUACCAUUUUCGCUAGUUACAUAAAAUAUUUUCGGUUGAGUAAAAAAAAAGUAAGUAAAAAGUACAAAAUUAGAUCGACAAUUCGGUUUGUCGAAACGCCAAAUGAAGCGCCUUAUUGCCAAGCAACUGAAGAACGAUAACGAUACAAGACGGGAAAAUGGUAAUAGUAGCCGCGGGUACUUGAGGGGGAGGGGGGAAUUUUACUUGCAGUGUUCUAAAAUGUUCCCUCCUAAUGUAAAAUUCGAUCCAGAAGGCAAUGAUGCAAUAACCAUCUUAAACGCUAAACUGAAAAAAAUAGAAGAGCAAAACAACUAUUUGCAAAAAGAACUGAAAAACGUAUCGUCUAUGCUUGCCAAGCAUAUGGUCUAUUUGGAAAGACUUUCCAAUCAUGUUUUCCCGAAGACUUUAAAUUUCAACUUUUUUCCAUUUAAAUCAAAAGAAGAAAUGGACGAUGUGGAGAAAAAUGUUAAAUCUAUGCCAACAAAUGAAGUUAUGGAAUAUAUAAGAGAAACCAUCGGGCCCAAUGAUAUUUCGAAGUCGCUUAAUAAAUUGUUUACGGAAGAAUUUUUGUUAUCCUUAAACUGGGAUGGCAACCAGAAAAAGUUAGCAUUGCGAAAAUAUAAAAUCUUUUCAAAAUAUGCUUUUGAUGCGGUGAAACGAGAAGAUUACGAUUAUUCGGAUUACGAAGCAUCAAUGCGGAAAGGUUUCCGAAAGAUGAAGAAUAGGGUGUAUAGGAGACGCUACAAUAAUAAGCUGACCAGUGAAGCAGCAUCCACGCUAGACAAAAAUUAAUAUUUAAAAAUUAUUUGAAUUAAAUCUUAAGUAUGUUCAUUGCAAUUAAGUACCUUUAGAUGUUAACAAUCUUGUAUUAACAUGAAACUACAUACAUACAUAUGUACAUAUAUUUUAAUUUGAGCUAAUGCAUUGUAAACACUUUCAAAAUUAAUUUCAUGUUGAGUUAAUAUGUAAUUUAUAAUAUACAAUUACGGUGACCAUCCGUCCUGUAUUAUAGGGGACAGUCCUUUUUUUUCGUCAAUUGUCCUGGUAAUUUAUUUAUUUCAUACGGGACGCCAAAAGUUCUGUAUUUCUUUUAAUGUCUCGUAUUUGUGUCGUAUUCGGUAUUUUGGCGCCCUAGCAGCUCAUAAAAAUGACAUGCCUAUGAACUAGUAGUUUCGAAUCGAGGAGCACAUAUAUAUGUAGUUGGUUUCUGAAGUUAUAAGUCUGCGUAUUUGUGAGUAGAUAUGAAUCGAAAUUAGUCGUUAAUGAUUAUUGUUCAAGUUUCUAAAAGAAAUUACCCUAGUAUUAGCUUUUAAAAGGGUUUUUUCAACUCAUUUUACGUUUGAUAUACUUAAUGGGGCAAAGCAUAUUGAAUAGGUAGUAGAAGUAGAGCAGCUGAUCUUGCUUUUGUUGAAUAUCUCGUCUUUAAAUUGCCAUUUUUCUGCAGUUUUUUGCCCCGGGCGGCAAAAUCCUCAUGGUGCGAACACUCUAGGGUUAAAUUACAAAAUGCCAGGUAAGUUCAAGUUAAUUUUUUACCAUCUUAUUAUCAAUUUAAACUUAACACCGUCUCUGGCAGACGCUUCAGAAGUAUAGGCUCAAUGUGUGUAUGAGCACAUACAAUCCUUACCACCAAAACCUCUACUGAACUUUCUGAAGGAGCUAGGUUUAGAAGAAUGGUUGUGACGAACAUAGAGUACAAUAGACCUAUAUGUAUGCCCGAGUCCAUACCUCAAGUUAUAUAUUCUACAUACGUAUGUGCAUAUGUAUAGUAUAUAUACAUACAUAGAGUACAUUAAAUUUGCAAUAUUUAUCUUUGUAUUCUUAUAUUUGCUUUAAGCCGUAUACACUUUGGCGGGCCGCUGAACUUUGUAAUGCAAUAAAAGACAAAAUAUCAAAAGUUUAUCUUUGGCUUCCCAGCUGAAUCAACAUUGAAAUUUAAUAAGAAUUUCACAUAAAAUGCGCAAUAA